CGCUUUACACCCUGGCCCAGGAUGUAGUCGACAAUCAUUCAGAGCAGGAUAGUUUCUCGGAAAAGUGGCUGGAGUAGUACUACAUAUGAAGCGCUCCUGCCACGCUGGCAGAAUCUGGCAGAAUCUGGUGCACCGACCUUCAGACAUUCCAGUAUCUGUGUGUUGACGACAGCGGGUGAUGACAACAAGACUGCCCUGUUACCAUGUUCGAAACUGAUUCGAAUCGUGGGAAUUCAUAUUUAACUAGGUCCUCUCUUUUUUACUGGAAAAGAGCUUACGACCAAUCGACAGCAGAGUGGGAGCGUGGCAGUGGGAGUGGUGGUGGUGGUCGACCGAUUCCUGGAACAUCGACGCUGGACCGAUGCCUGGAACAUCGACGCUGGACGAGACCAAUUGAACCGGCCUUGGUGGCGGAAUGAUCGAGAGGUGUUCCAAACUACAGUGAAUUACGAAGCUGAGAAUGCUCUCUGAUGAUUGACAUUGGGCAUCAAGUACGAAGAGGAUAAUACAUUGACCGUGCAUAUUCCUGUUGGAUGCAGAUAGGAGUUGACAUCUGUGCAAUGGGAAAAGCGGUGAGAUCAAGUGUGGUGUUCGCUAUCAACGGACGACGAGUUGAGCUCACUGACGUCGAUCCACGGACGAGUGUACUGAAUUACAUUCGCGAGGAGACGGAAUUUAAGGGCACGAAGCGUGGUUGUGGUGAAGAGAGGAGUUAAGCUCUCUGCAAUGGGGAAAGCGGUGAGAUCCAGUGUGGUGUUCGCUCUCAAUGGACAAAGAGUUGAGCUCAGCGACGUCGAUCCGCGAACGAGUGUGUUGAGCUACAUUCGCGAAGAGACAGACUUUAAGGGCACGAAGCGUGGUUGUGGUGAAGGUGGGUGUGGAUCCUGCGUAGUGUUGCUGUCGAAGUAUGACUCCAAGUCUAACAAGAUCGAGGAGUACACUAUCAAUUCUUGCCUGGCUCCCAUCUGCUCAGUUGAUGGGUGUGCAAUUACAACCACCGAAGGUCUUAAGAAUGGAAAGGAGCCGCACGCUGUGCAUACUCGACUGGCCGAGUUCCAUGCCAGUCAAUGUGGUUUUUGCACCCCCGGGAUGGCUGUUUCCAUAUACUCCUGCUUGAAGAAUUCUUCUAAAAAGUCAUCGAUGGGAGCAGAGUCAACGAAGCCUACGGUUGCCGAGGCCCAAAAGGCCAUAGCUGGGAAUCUAUGUAGGUGCACAGGAUACAGGCCAAUCUUGGACGUAUGCAAGAGUUUUGCUGCAGAUGUGGAUAUUGAAGACUUGGGCGUCAAUACUUUCUGGGAAUCCUCUGAACUUGCCAAAGAGAGCUCUUUAAAUUUGUAUCAAUCAGAAAAAGAUCCGGAAUUUCCUACCUUCCUUAAAAUUCAAGCAGGAGACUAUUUGGAGGUUAAAAGCGUCAGAGCCGAGGAAGUGACGGCAUGGAGAUCUGCCAGUACUUUAUCUGAGCUGUUCACUAUGUACGAGGAGGAGACAAAGGGAAAGAAUCGUGAUGUUAACUUUGUUGCGGGAAACACCAGCUCUGGUGUGUACAAAGACUUCAAACCCUCUGUGUACAUAGACAUCAACAAAAUUCCAGAGCUUCAUUCUGUUGUAGAAACCGAUUGCACACUUGAGGUGGGGUCCGCUGUAUCCCUUUCUAAGCUCAUCACAAUUAUGGACGCUAGGGGUGGACCUGUUUACUCAGAGCUUGCGAAGCACCUCAGGAAGGUUGCGAAUGAACACGUGAGGAACAGGGCAAGUGUGGGAGGAAACCUCAUAUUGGCUCAAAAGCGUGGGUUUGCAUCAGAUGUUGCUACCAUUCUGCUUGGCGCUGGAUCUCAGGUCACCAUUGCCACUUCAAGAGAUAGUUGCAUAAAAGAUAUGGAAGAAUUCCUAGCUGGAGUAUCCCCUGAUACGACUAUUCUACAAUGUAUUCGCAUUCCAUCUUGGGCACAGUACUCCAAAGACGGCAAAGAGAAAUUGUUCUUUAAGACAUACAGAUCGUCCCCUCGUAAAAAUGGCAAUGCUGUCUCAUCCGUCAAUGCGGCCUUCCUGGGCAUCUUCCAAACGCCAGAAGUGGACAAUGGUUACACUGUUGGCAAAGUGCAGCAAUUGAGGUUGGCUUUUGGACACCUGGGAGCGCCUCAUGCAAUGCGAGCCAAGAGAACUGAGAAGUAUUUGCUUCAAAAGACCGUCAAUCCUGAUGUACUGAAAAAUGCUGUCAAGAUCUUGAGAGAAGACAUACUUUCUUCCGCCAAAGAUGAUGAUCUUUAUACGGCUACUUACAAAGCCAGUGUCGCUGUAAGUUACCUAUUCCAGUUCUUUGAACCCUUACUUCCCAGCUCAAAUUUGACCUCCUCACAGGUUGGGACCCCUUGUAUGAACGGAGGUGAUACUCUGAGCAAUGGAAGUAAGGUUCACAGUAGAGAUGUUACAGGCACUAAAAGCAAGAGCGAGGUUCACAACAAAGGUGAUACAUGCACAAAUGGCAACAGUGAGGUUCACAACAAAGGUGAUACAGACUCAAAUGGCAACAGUGAGGUUCACGACAAAGGCGAUACAGGCACAAAUGGUGCGGCGAUGAAUGGCACAAACAGUGACGAGAGUGCAGUCAGGAGUUUUGGAAGAACGAGCGGAAAUGGGAUAGGAAUCGGAGAAGGCUUUUGGGGCGCUCAGUCUUUUCCUCAUUACGACGAGUUUUCCCCUCUUUCCAAACCCGCUGCCAAAGAUGCAGCUGUUCUUCAGGCUUCAGGAGAGGCCGUGUACACCGGCGACAUACCCUCACCACCAGGAACUUUACAUGCUGCAUUGGUGUACAGCAAGAAGGCACUAGCGAAAGUUAAAGCUCUGGAAGCUUCGGAUGCUUUGACCUCUCCUGGUGCAACAUCAUUUUUUUGCGCAAAAGAUUGCAUAGCUGAGAACGUCUCAGUCGUCAACAACAUUGCUGGAUUGGAGUUUAGAGAGCCGCUUUUUGCCGAAGAAACAGUGCACUUCGUCGGAGAAUGUCUCGGUGUUUUGGUCGCUGAUACACACGAGCAUGCUGUGCUAGCAGCAGAAAAGGUUAAGGUGGACUAUGACAACAGUACGUUAGGACCACCGAUUUUAAGUGUUGAGGAUGCAGCUGGGAUGAACUCAUUCAAAAUUUCACCACUGGCAGUGAUGGGCACUGCUUCCGUGGGAGACGAGUUGAUCAAAGGCGAAUACAGGAUGGAGAAUAUUGAGUUAUUUGCAGGAAGUCAAUACUAUUUUUACAUGGAGACACAUACAGCUCUUGCUGUACCAGAUGAGGAUGAUUGUAUUACUGUAUACAGCUCGAAUCACAGCCCUGAGGUGCUGCACGACACUCUCUCGGCAGCUUUGGGAAUUCCGAUGCACAACAUUCGAGUGAUUACUCGAAGACUUGGAGGUUCAUUUGGUGGAAAGAAUACUCGGAGUUUGAUUGUUGCAACUGCUUGUGCGUUGGCAGCUUUCAAACUGAAGAAGCCAGUGCGCAUGACUUUGGAUCGAAAUACCGACAUGGUGCUGAGUGGAGGCAGGCACGAAUCCAAGGCCACUUAUUCCGUCGAGUUCAACAAAGACGGCAAAAUUACGUCCUUGGAAACAAAUGUGCUGAUGAACGGAGGUUAUCCUGAUGAUUACAGGGAUUUGUUGGGUUUGUUGCUGACUAAAGCUAUGAAAUGCUACAACUGGACCUCGUGGAGGCACGUGAGCAAAGUUUGUCGGACAAAUCUACCGGCCAGAAGCAUGAUGCGUGCCCCUGGUGAGAUCCAGGGGAAUUUCUUUGCAGAGUCAAUAGUGGAACAUGUGGCUACAUAUUUGGGACUAGAUCGUGACAAGGUCAGGGAGAUCAACAUGCACACACAUGAAAGUGCCAAAUUAUUUUAUGGUCCAUCAACAACAGGCAAAGCGGAACUCUUUACGCUUCCAAAGAUUGUACAAAGAACAAAAGAUUUAUCAAACUUCGAGUCGAGGAAACUCAAUGUACAUUCCUUCAAUAAAAGAAGCAUGUGGGUGAAAAGAGGCAUUUCACUCACGCACGUAAUUUAUCCAAAUAUGCAGUCAGCCAAGGUGGCAAGGGUUAGUCUCUUUAAAGAUGGGUCUGUGGCAGUCGCAUCAGGAGGAACAGAGAUGGGACAGGGUCUAUUUACUAAAGUAAAGCAGGCUACUGCGUAUGGUCUGUCUCUGCUCUGGGGCGAGAAUGCUACUGGGAAAGUGGAUCUGUCUAAAAUCAGAAUAGUGGAAAACGACAGCAUAAGCUUGGCAAAUGCAGGAACUACAAAUGCCGGUACCACGUCAGAAGGUACUUGUGAGGCUGUUGUGAAUGCAUGUAAAAUGCUGGUGAAGAACCUGACCCCCAUUUAUCUGAAGCUCAAAGCGAAUGGAGGAGAAUCACCACGCUGGGAAGACGUCGUUAAAUUGGCCAAAGGGAGUAGAGUUGUAUUGACAGCCGAAGCACGUAAUGGGGAAAUUGGUCCAGCAACCGAAUAUAUGGCAUGUGGUGCUUGUGCCUCAGAGGUGGAGGUUGAUCUUUUGACGGGGAGCGUAAAGGUUUUACAGGCUGACCUAGUCUAUGACUGUGGGAAAAGCCUCAAUCCUGCUGUUGACAUUGGACAGAUAGAAGGGUCUUUCGUUCAAGGCAUUGGUUAUUAUCUGACUGAACAGAUAAAAUGGGAUGAGAAUGGCGUGCUGCUAACGAAUGGAACUUGGACAUACAAACCACCAACCAUUGACAACAUUCCCCAAAAAUUCAACGUCGAACUUUUGAAUUCUGCAGUUGAUUCUUCACGCAUUCUUUCGUCUAAAACUGCCGGAGAGGCUCCUCUGGUUCUGUCAACCUCUGUACAUUUGGCUGUAAGAGAAGCGAUCAAAUCAGCAAGGGCAGAUCUACAACACCUUCCACCAGUUCCAGGGCAUUGUGGUCCAGAAAACAUGAAGGGUAGUACUGAUCCUCUACUAAUUAGGAACUCAGUGACCUCUAUGGAAAACGUGAAAAGGCUCUGCGGUUUGUACAACGUGGAGCAGUACUUGGAAAAGUUGAGCAUAGAAUCGUCAUAGACUCAUCAUAGAACUAUAACUUUGAGGGCAUCGGUAUCGGUAUCUCGGGUCAGGGUCGUUCUGCAUUACAGUUGAAGAGUAACCUGUAUAUACUGGACCCAGAGCAUGCCAGUUUGUGAGUCAUUUCUUGUGUGAUUGUUUACAGUAGGAAUGUUCUCUGUAUAGCUAGAUUUGAGCCUUCACUUCGUUGGCCCGAGAAGGCUAUAUUCAUACGAGGUCCAUAUGCUUACCCACCAACGUACAUUACAGUCAAUAUCAAGGACUUCGAGUCUCACUCUGUUGCGGUACUGUACAUAGGCUUGUGAAUGGAAGGUUGGAUCUUGUUUUUACGAUGUCUUCAUUGAAGCCACGCCGAUUGGACCUUCGUAGCCAACGUAGUCUCGUAGUUGUGAAACAUGAACUCUUUGCUGCAUCUGUCUUGUUGUUGUAAAGACUCAACAAUGCUUCGGAUGCUUGUUUGCCUGUUGAGUCACGGAAACUACAAGAUGGAUCUAGAGAUACUUAAGCCACCUCCAACUAUCACGCCGUACUCUCUCCCUCGUAACCCGUUAAAAGUUGUACUUAUUUUUGCGAUAUUUCAGGCGAGUUUGCACCCUUGAGUAGAACAUACCAUGC